GGAACAGUGAAGCAGGAACCUCAGAUGAUGCCGUGAAGACCGCACCUGUUAGGGCAGUAACUGCCAGGCCAAGAAAGGAGAGGGAAUCUCCCAUAACGACGUUUGAACGGAGCACAUUACUAGAACGCAGAAAUACUUUUUUGGACAACUAUUUCUCCAAGGACGAUGAAGCCCUCUAGCCCCAUGUGACCGCCUGUGAAGCGCUGCCUUCAUCCGCUGGCCCCAGCUCCCACCAUGGGUCCUGCAGGAAGCACACUGAGCGGUGGGCCCCUGCAGAUGCAGAUGGUUCUCUGGGGAAGUCUGGCUGCCGUGGCCAUGUUCUUCCUCCUCACCUUCCUCAUCCUUCUGUGCUCCAGUUGUGACAGAGAGAAGAAGCCAAAGCAACACAGCGGGGACCAUGAGAAUCUGAUGAACGUGCCUUCUGACAAGGAGAUGUUCAGCCAUUCAGCGACCAGCCUGACAACAGAUGCACUGGCCAGCAGUGAACAGAACGGGAUGCUCACCAACGGCGACAUUCUUUCAGAAGACAGCACCUUGACCUGCAUGCAGCAUUAUGAGGAAGUCCAGACCUCGGCCUCGGACCUUCUGGAUUCCCAGGACAGCACAGGAAAGCCCAAGAGUCAUCAGAGCCGGGAGCUGCCAAGGAUCCCCCCAGAGAACGCCGUGGACGCCAUGCUCACAGCCAGGGCUGUGGAGGGGGACUCGGGGCCCGGCAUGGAGGGGCCCUACGAGGUGCUCAAGGAUAGCUCCUCCCAGGAGAACAUGGUGGAGGACUGCCUGUAUGAAACUGUGAAGGAGAUCAAGGAGGUGGCCGACAAAGGCCAGACUGGCAAGUCCAAGUCCACAUCUGCCCUGAAGGAGCUUCAGGGCGCCCCCACAGAGGGCAAACCCGACUUUGCUGAAUAUGCCUCUGUGGACAGAAACAAAAAGUGCCGCCAGAGCAUUAACGCAGAGAGCAUCCUGGGAGCGUCCAGUGACCCGGAAGAGGAAGCCCCCCCUCCUGUCCCAGUUAAACUUCUGGAUGAGAAUGCAAACCUUCCAGAGAAGGGAGAGAUGGAGGCAGAAGAACAAGCUCCGGAGGGGACCAGUGGACACAACAAGAGAUUUAGUUCCUUGUCAUACAAGUCUCGGGAAGAAGACCCAAAUCUUACAGAAGAGGAGAUCUCAGCGAUGUAUUCCUCAGUGAAUAAACUCGGACAGUCAGCGCCCAAACCCGGACCGUCUCCGAAAGGGCCAGAGUUGACCUGUCAGUCCCUGCGGGGACCCCCACAGAGGUCAUCCUCUUCCUGUAAUGACCUCUAUGCCACUGUGAAAGACUUCGAGAAAUCUCCCAACAGCCUCUGCACACUUCCCUCAGCAAGGAGGCCCAGUGAGGAACCCGAGCCUGACUAUGAAGCCAUACACACUCUAAACAGAGAGGAAGAAAAGGUCCCUCUGGAGACCAAUGGCCACCUUGUCCCCAAGGAGAAUGAUUACGAGAGCAUUGGGGACUUGCAGCAAUGCCGAGAUGUCACCAGGCUUUAGCAACCCAGAAAGAAGUCUCAAAGAGCCUGUGAUCCGGCUCAUCCGGGACCACUUUGCUGUGGAAUGAUCAUCAGUGUCCUAUCGCUUUAGUUUUUUUAGUUAACCCAAGUCAAGCACAGGGGCACAGCUGUUCCCCAGUUUCUGAAGCAGUAAGGUACGGACCCACCUGUCAGGGCAGGACCCCAUGCUCACAAGGAACCCCAGGUACAUGUGACCUCCACAUCCCACAGAGGAAGGCAGGCUGUGAGGGGAAGCUCCACCAGCCAGUGCUGAAAUUCCAUCUGCCGGGGAUAGCUGCCGCCCGCCCUGUGGAGCCAGGUUUCCUUCCUCACUCUGCUUCUCUGCCUGCUACCAGUGCUAAAUCAUCCUGCCUCCCACCACUUGUGACCUGGCCACGUCUGUGGUUCAUCCCAAGGAGGGUUUCCCACGGGCUUGGCACCAUCUUCCGCUGGAUGCUAGGAUGGUGAGAACAUGCCGCUGUUCCCAUGGGCUUCCCAGAUCUGCCUGCUUGUCCCUGGGCAUCUGAACGGUACAGGCUAUAGGUUGGGGGUGGGGUGUCCCUGCAGGCUCUCGGGUCUUUUCUCCUAAUUUUGACGGUGCACCUGCAAUCUUUCCACUGUAUUUGAGGUAUUUAGACACUUUUCCUAUUUUUCGUGUUCAAACCUUCCCCCACAGUGUUCAGAAAGCUUCUCAGAGUUUCGGAACUCCCAGUGACAACCAUGGUACUUGUUUAAGCCCAGGGCUCUUCCUUCCAAACAGAGCCUUAAGGUUUGUGUUGGGACCCAGACCACAUGUGGACAGCAGCCAUGUGUCUGUCCCCAAAGGGCUGCGGACAUGAAUUUGUAUUUCCAGUGAUGUCUGCUGCCCACAUGUGUGACUUUCUUGUCAUCGAUGGUAAUCUAAGAGUAAAGUGUAUACAUUUAUUUUAUUAUAUAAAUUUAUAAGAUGUUUUAUGUUUCAUGCCUAAUUUCUAGAAAGUGCCAGAAAAUAUAUAUUAACUAUUUUGAUUUUAUGUAUGAUGAUUUAUACUCUCAAUUUGAAAAGGCACCAUAAAGCACAUAAGCUAGAUAAUUAUGAGUAGUUUUUAUUCUUUUCUCUAACAAGUAAUAUAACAUUGAAGAUUUGUAAGGACUCAGCUUUCCAAAUGGUAUUGGGAGCUCCAGAUCCAAACAUCCAGGCCACUGGUGAUACACAUGCAGUUGGCAUAAAUGUCCGUGUCGAAGUGACAGACACCACUGAGACAGUCAGUGUUAAAAAGAAGGCACACUCUGGCUUCAGACGUUUGAACUUGCUGAAGGGCUCAGACUCAUUAACGUCUAUGACAUCUCUAAGAACCUCAGUGGUGGUGGUCACCUUGCGGUACUUGCCAGUGCAGAUUGCCUGUUAGACUUUUUUUCCCUUCAUUUGACAAAAAUCAGUGGCUGAAGUAGCUCGGAUUACCAGUUCAGCCUGCUUUCGAUUCAGUCAUCUCUCUAGAUCUUCCAAGGCCAACCUUGUGAACCGCAUUCACUUUUCAGUCUUAAAGGAGCAGGCAGGAAGCCUUCCGGCACUGACGCAGACCGAGGCCAUUCCCCGCCACUGCUGUGACUUCUGACUCUAACUACGUAAUAACCAUGCUGUGUUCCCUCCUUGUGACAGAGUGUGACUGGGAGGGGGAAGUGCCCAGCUUGUGGCCUGUGUUCCCAUCCCUGUAUUCAUGAACUGACUUUGUCGCUGAUGUGUACCAGGCUUGUGGGGCUGUAAACUCUCUUAGUGGUGUCAGUCAGCCCAGUCCACCCAUGAAGAUGCCACAUAGAUAAACAGAACCACUGCCAAGCAGGUGCCUCCCCUGCCGAGGAGCAGCAGAGGGCAAGGAUCUUCCACAAACAUGGACUUCCACGGCUGUGUAUUAAUGAGUUUGACCCAAGCGUCUCCCGGGUCCCAAGGGUCCCGUUGGUACAUGGUGCUACCCCUGACACACGGCCCUCCCAGCCUGUGCUGGCCACACUGCCCUCCUUCCAGCUCAGAAGUUUGAUUGUGCUUUAUAAAAAGUCUUACUUAGCAGGGAAGCUGGUGUGGGCGCUAAAGUAUUUAACUCUUUCUUUAAAGACAAAUUGAUUAUAAACAAUCAUGUCACCUUGAAAUCUCGUCGUCAGAAUGUCCCCCGAGUUUUCAGAUAUCGUAUGCAACAUAGUCGUAAAAUAUGCACUGAAAUCGCGCUGCUGGCUUGAGCAGCGGUAACUGGGUGGUGGCGGAGAGCACCUUGAGUGUACUUCACAAGGAACUGGGCGGAGGAGCAGGCAAGGAGAACAGCUCUGCUCGGCCGAGCUCGGUACGUAGUCACUGUGUAUGUAUUGCUGUGCCAUCGCUGUUCGACCCGAUUACCCAGGGUUUCUCCACUUCAUUUUGCGUUGUUGUAACUUUUUACUCCUUUCCUUGACUCAAAGUCUGUGUUCCUGUCUGAGCGGGACAGAAGCACUUACCGCUGGCAUCCGCAGUGUGCACUGAGCACACCCAGCCUAUGUGAAAUCAUCCUUGAAGAGAAAAACAAAUCAUAAGCAUUUUUCUUUAAAUCAGAAUUAUAAUCCUGUCUAGAUUAGAAGCAGCUAUUUCUUUUUCUUUAAAUACUUUUAGAAGUCUGAAAGCAUUCUCUGCUGCUUCACGUACGUUCCAAGUGUAAACUUAGAGAGAAGCAGGCUUUCUUAUAUGAAAUGUUCAAGAAAUUCUAAAAGAAAGUCAUUUUUACAAAUAUGUUAGCUGCAUAUUUUUAAUUUGUCUUUUUCUAAAUCAUGUCGAUAAGCCUGUAAAACUUCUACAUGAUACAAUAUUCCCUGUGAGAAAAAAGUGUGUGAGUUUUCUACAGAAAAUUCAACGGAAUUGGAUUCUCCCACAGUAAAUUCUAAUUGAAUACUUAAUAACAAUAGGCCAUGAACACAGAAGUAAAGUCUCCCCCAGCAUGCCACAGUGCUUUCCUUAACUUGGUUUCCACCUGUAUAAUUAGAACACUCCCUGCCUUCACCAGCAAUAAACUAUAUGUAAUCACGUGUGUAUGUAUGUACCUAUGUAUGUAUGAUGUGUUGCUGGCUCUGGCACAGCCCUGGUACUAAUUAGGCUGUGUUCUAUUAUAUGUUUGGAAAGUUUAUCCUACUAGUGUGAUAAACUUGUGUCAUAACAACAGAAUUAAAAGAAACCAUUCUCCAUCAGUUUCAUUUGGUAAUUAUGGAAUACCUUUCUGAGAUGCUUUUAUUUAGUUUUCCCAUUGAAUACAUUCAAAUUUUAAAUCGUGUUCAUAAUUCUCCCAGUGAAAAACAAUGCUGUCUGAAGAUGCCUUUGUUAUGCUUUGACUCAAUGCACAUUCCGUCUGAGAAAAGGAAUGUAAACAGGUGUGCUACUCAGUGUGUGUCAAGGAAGAGAGGGAGCCAAAAGCAGCCACAGAGAAGCGCUGAGCCUGGCUGGCAGGCAGGGCGGCCUCCUGGUAGCCCAGACUGGUUAUCAUGUGGGGGAUCUAGUUUAUUCCUUGUGAAAAGCCGAGCAUUUCUGCAGGAGCAGCGGGUGAUGGUGGAGUACGGAGCCUGUCUUGUGAUUCCAGACUGAAGCAGGAUUUCGUAGAUGGGCAAAUGACACUAAUCCCGAUGCUCCUUGUGAUCCGGGGCGCCAUUCUUCUGAAAGUGUUGGUCUCUGGAACACCCACAGCUUAGGGCUGGCUGCUGGAAUCACAGUCUGUAAUGAUGGUUAUUUCCUGGAGACCCUGAGAGGUGUAUUACACUGAGCCAAGGGGACGUGGAAAGUGUGAUGUUGGUGCUAGUGAGUGGCUGCUGGGAAAUAGGAUUACGUGUAGACAGAGUCAAACGUGGAUUUCUUUACGGCAGCACCCGUGUCUCCUGCCUGGCCGGGGCCUGGCUGUUCCUCUGGGCAUUGUUCCUGUCAGGACAUCAGACAAGCUGAGAACACUCGUACACAAGAACUUCACUUCGAGAAGCUGGCCCAGAACCCAGGAAAAUUAGCAUUUUUAUCUGGAAUUAGGUAACAAAAUAUUAAAAAAAAACAUGGUCCAGAAGAGAAAGAACAUCUUUAUGGUUUUUAUCCUAUUUUUGCUCAUUUUCAAGUCUGUUUUAUUUUUAUAUUUUAUAUUUUAUCUCUAAAUAUUUGUAUUUUAUUGUUAUUCAAGUUCUUUUAUUUAACUGAGAAAUAUUUGUUCAGAUUCUUGUGAACAGAACAAGUCUAUUUAGAGGUGAUACUGAAGAUCAUUCCCUUUAAAUUCAUUUGUCCUCGUGCAGACUUUCCCCUUGGGUUGUCACUCACAUUCUGUGGGCUUUGUUUUAAGAGCUAGGAGCUGGGCAUGGUAGCUCAUGCCUGUAAUCCUAUAACGUGGAGAGUGGGCAGAAAGAUCUGAGUUCAAGGCCAACCUGGGCUACAUGGAAAGACCCUGUUUCUAAAUUAUUCUGGUCUCUCAGGUCAGCUUCUAUGUGUGUAAAGGUUGGUGACCGCCCCGCCUCAGACUGCUGCGCGAAGCUGGCACAGGAAAAUGCUGCCAGGUUGUCACCAACAGCCUCCCGUUUUCCAGGGGAGUCUGAAAUACAGCCUGAUGCACACACUGUCCGGGUGUCUCAUUUAAGCCCCUCCCUCGUGAGGGCAGUUGAACAUAGCAUGUCUCUUAGGUUCCCAACAGUUCAAAGGCUCCUCUUACCCAAGAAUAGUACAAAGUAACUCAAGACCCAGCUCCAUCAGCAGCUGUCUGUGGAUCUCUGUAACUGUCUGAUCGUCCAGUCCACAGAGGAGUGAAGGGGUUUUCAAAAGUGAAAAUGCUCAAACCUUGGUUUUAUAUGUGCAGAACCAUCCACACUGCCUCAGAAUCUUACAGGGUCCCGGACUCUGGCGUCUCAAGGAGGCAGAAGCACCAGGGUGUGAAGUCGUUCUUCCCGCCUCCCUUUGCUUGCUCCUGCCCGGAUAGCCAUCUGUCCAUUUGUCCAUCUGUCUCAGGGCCUCUUCCCAGCUAUCCCUCUAUGCUGUAUCUCCAGGAUGUCCUGUCUCUCCAACCAAGGAUCACCAGCCAACGUGGAACCACUGACUGUGGCUCUGGAGUGACCACCUCUAAUUCCCUGCUUCUUAGGGCUCCAAGGAAAGGUCACACAGUGACCUGGAAGCAGACAUAGAUGACCUUGCCCAUUCCUGACACAGUUCCAUGUUUUCUGUGUAAAACCCAUUGGUGAACCUGACGUAACAUUCCCUAUCACUUGGGCCUUUUCCACUUCCUUUGUAGUGUAGGCCUCUCUCUCUCUCUCUCUCUCUCUCUCUCUCUCCCUCCCUCCCUCCCUCCCUCCCUCCCUCCCUCCCUCUCCUAAAGUCAGUCUAGAAUAUCAGUUCCCUGCUACUUCACAGAGGGCUGCCACCGCCCCCAGAGGACUGUGCAACCAUUCCCAGUGUUUAUCUGGUAGAGAUGCUAUAUGGAAAAAGCCCAGAGCACUAAGUCUGGGGCUCCAAGCAUUCUGAGUAUUUUUAGUGCUUUUUUUUUUUUAAGUAUCAAAUACACAUUUGACUCUGAAGGGGGACAGAAAAUAAAACCUGAACUAAGUGUUGUGUAGCGUCCUGAUUCUGUUUGUCUCUAAAAAACAUACUGCCCCGCUCCCACCAGGCACUUGGAAUCUCUUAAAGCAGUGGUCUCAACCUUCCUAGCACUGUGACCCUUUAAUGCAGUUCCUCGUGUUGUGGUGACCCCCACCAUAAAGUUAUUUUGUUGUGACUUCGUCACAGUAGCCUUGCUCGUGUUGUGAACUGUAAUGUAAAUGUCUGAUAUGCAACCCACAGGUUGGGAACCACUGUCUCAAAUGUAAACAGUAAGUGUGUAUAAAUGAGGACAAUUAACUCACAAUUUAAACGUGUUCUUUAGAUAUUUUCUUUGUAACUCAAGAGUAAGCCAAGUUUGUGGGUAAUGUAGUAUGGUCAUUAAAUCUGUAAUCUGUAAGCCAGGAGAAGCAGCCUUUCGAGUAUAUUUUUUUCUAAAGACUGAACUGUUUCAGCUAGGAAGAUCAGCUCCUGGAAUAAAAGAACAUAACUCCCAGAGCCUUUCUAGCAGAAUGUGACACCUGUCUGCCAGUGUACCAGGGUGUUUGUUCUUGCCUAUAGUGUUUCAAUAGUUUGUGUGGGGGGAGAGCACAUUUUGCAAUUUCUUGGAAAAGUGAAUUAUGUGCUGAAUUAAAUCCUCCAGUUUAGUCUAAAGAGAGUUACUGGCUUUGGAGACAAGAGCACAGGGCUGUGGUCCCUGCUCCAUCAUCGACUUUCCUAUGUGACCUCAAGCAAUGAUUGAACUUCUCUGUGCCUCAGUUUCUCCAUAUUACAAAAUGGGGAUAAUGAUAAUCAACCACUGCCUACCUCAUAGGGAUGUUUGGGGACAAGUAGGAUGACCUAGGGAAGUGUGGAUGCUUUGCCCUCCUUGAAAGGUGCUACAGAAAUUGCGUUGCAUUGUUUUUAAUGAUCCAGUUAAUUGUAUUUAGGGUUAGAUAAUAGCAAUACUUCCUGUCGUGUUUCAGUUUGAGGCACAUUUCUACUCUUCUAUGGCCAGAUCCCGAGUUUCCAUUCAGUGAUGGUACCUAAGGAACUGACACGGGUGUGUGCUUUCUGUCUGAUGGUAAUAUGUCAAUUCUGAAUGGUCAUAAAGGCUAGACUUUAACUUGUGAUGUUUUCUAGUUUACAUGUAAUGAACCUUACUCAAGUUGUCUAUUAAAAGUAUAAUUACUUGUAAAUAACAGGUACGUUGUAAUUAAAGGCACUUAUCAACUUGUCUUUGUUCUUUUUAAA